UCCUGAAUCAACACUAGAAAUGUUACACUGAAAAAUGCAACACUGGCCAAUUUUCUGUGUAUAAGCCACUGGGCAGAGAGACUACAGCGCGUGCGUUUUGGUGACACUGGGAGCUUGAGGUGCCCAUAAAGACAUUUGACACGGGACUGCUGUUCAAUAGUAAUGACACAGGAGCGGGUUGAAUUUCGAGGCCCGUUGCCAUAGCAAAACCCCCCAUAACACCAUAGUGAUGGCCGGGAACGCUUUUUUAUUAAGUGAGAGGAGUCCGAAGUUAUCUUCUCUGCCAACCAUACUCACGGGCAGUUUCAUCCCCAUGGACAAGACCAAUGUCAUACCGUCUCUUUUUUUACGCGCCGUGUGCUUGUUUUCUAAUUGAUUUCUGAGGAAUAGUACUUGGAAACGGUUAUGGGCACCUCGAUUGAACUAACAUUAUAUUUUUUAUAACUGUGAGUUACUCCACGCCCAGGAGGGAUGUUUAGGAAGAUCAACAACGCGCUCCGUCCCAACAAUGGGAACAGGGCUCGUGAUGGCAGUCCGCAGUCCGAGCAGGACUACCACAGCGCGUGCACCGUCAAGUUGGUGCGGAGCACCUCCAUGCUCGUGGUGGGCCAGAGGAAGCAGUCAUCCGUCAACUCCACACUGAAGCGGAGCAAAAGUUCUGUGAAUUUCGAGUCCACCACCGCCUUGUAUUAUUACCAGAGGCAGGAGGACCGGAUAUGGCUCUACUCCCAGAAUCAGAACUGCCUGGAGUAUUUGGAAGAGCUGGUGGCGUUGAGACGGCAGUACACGAGGAGCGUCAACAACUUCAAAAGCAACGAGAUGAAGGCCACAAUCUCCCCCAAGAAGAAGCCUGCGCCUCCCCCGCCCAACUCCAAGGACRCACAGAACAUGAGUACCAAACCGUCUGCCCCUCCAAUCCCCAAUGAGGAGGACACUCUGGACUUCUUUGAUGCUGUCAUCGCGAGCUGUGACCCUGAGCACACGCGCAAGCCCCAUGUAGACGAUGGGCACGCUGACGUUGACUUCAUUGUGGCCACCAGCACCAGUGAGCACGACCUCCACUCCAACUGGGUCAUGCGGGUCCCACGGUGUCCCACAGAUGAGUCCAAGCUGAAGAAGCCGGCCUCAACCAGCAAAAGCAGCAGCACGGCCAAGAAAAAGAGCGACAACGGGACGACGAGCAGCCGACGACACUUACAGAGAAACCCCAUCCACCUGCCCAAAGUGGUGGAGAGCGCCUUCCAGACACUGCGCUUCAAGCCAAAACUCAAAAAGAAGUAGUGGGAACUUGCUUGUCCUGAGUUUCAUAACAAGUACGGGAGUCAACUUGGGGAGGUCCCGCGACAUGCAAGCAUUCAGCUCGUGAGGAAUUGGCAGGGAAACAACAAAAUAACCAUGGAUAGUAAUAUAGGAAGUGAGAGAGAGAAGUAGGCCUAGAGGAAGUGGGAACUGAGAGAAAGUGGCAGCCAAUGAUUAUGGUAUUGUGUUGGUGUGGACAGGCAUAGCAUGUGACAUUGUUCGCUAUGCCACCAGCCUGAUAAAUGAUCCAGUCUGCUGUGGCCCGUGGGACUGAUGGGACUGUAACCCGAUCCACAAAGGACCAUGAGUAACUUGGACAGUGUAAUUACCAACAAACACUCACAUUACUUAGUUACUGUGACUAAACAGACCACCUACUCCACCUGACAUCACAAUCAGUCAAGUCUUUCAACUGAACAAUGCAACUGUCCAUUUUCUUUUCCAAGUAAAUUAUUACACAUUUAGACUAGGCUUAUUUUAUCCAGGUUUACCUGUCGCAUCAGUCUCUCUAGACUAGAUGAUCAACAUCACUGUAUGAAAUGUAAGAUGUUCACCAUGUGCCUCAGAUUGAAUGAUUAAAAUUAUUCUUAAAUAUUAACCAAGGUAUUGCAAAUGGCACCGCUUAUUUAGUUUUAUACUGGA